AUGGAGAAACGUGCUGAAUCAGGCAACACUAAUCAGGAUGCGGGACCGGCUAAGAAAAUAAAGACAGAGAGCGCGUCUGAUGAUGCUUUGCUCCGUCUUCCUCCUGGGCAUCCCAGCCCCUCUGCAAUGCCGGCCCCCGGCUCCGACCCGUCUGUGACAACUGCAUCACCAUCACUAUCUAAUUUCGACAAGCUUGUAAGUCUUGCCGCCCAACGUAGUGAUGCAGCAAAUGGCGCGUCUCAUUCAAAUCAAAAUGAUGCCGCUCCGUUGAACCUGCUGUCUCAAACUGUCCCCUCCCCGACCGCUUCGUCCCUUCCUCUUUCCUUACAAAGGCUUCAAGCGAUGCGUCAGCAACAACAGCAACAACAAAAACAGCAAGAGGUGCAACAUAGCGCGACUCAGAUGUCAAAUUCUUUGCCAAGCGCGCCACAGACGUCGAAUGCUAACCCUUCAUCGACCAGUUAUGACCAGCUCAUUGAUGUUAUGGGAUACAGUGGGGUUGAUUUACGUGCUGAGGAGGCAUUUAUUCAGCAAAAUGGAUCUUCAUGGGAGGACUCACAUACCGCCUCUGCGAUUCAUGCUGCUGGACUUGUACAUGGUUUGUAUCUUAAUGUAUACCCUCUUUCCAACAUGGUCCAUCGUAUUGCAAGGCAGUACGGCCUCAGUGUUAAUGCUGCUACGCUCGACUAUUUGUCUAUCGCCACACGCAUGCGAUUCCGCAACUUACUCGAGUCCAUGGUUCGUGCUUCUCGGCAUCGAGCAUGGUCUACGCAUCAGCGCAGUCCACCUAUGUACUUGGAGACGCUCUCAGAUGGAUCACGAAAAGCUAUGUACCAUGAAGAAUUAAUAUCCAAUCCUGUGAAGCAACUUGCAGGAAUUGAGAAGGCUGAGCGUAUUGAAGAAGGCAACUGGCGACGUAUGCGAAUCGAGCGUGAAGAAAAUGAGGCCGCGGCUUUAGAAGCUGGCGGUGAUGAUGGCACACCUAAAGGCAAAAAACGCACAGGCACAUCUUCACGUAACCUCUCUGAGGAUGUGCGGAAGCGUCUGGCUGAUAGUACAGCUAUGCGACAUCUGGGUGCUAACAACAUGGCAUCUAAGUAUUCGUGGCUUCAGUCACCGAGCACAAGAACAACCGCUUCAGCGCGAGUUCGUGACACAACAGAGCCGACGUCAGCAUCAAAUUCGCCUGCUCCUAAAGCAAAUUCAGCAUUACCGAAGCCAAAAUUCGCACCAAGUGCUAAUCGGCGUGGCACAGCCGCGCAAGCUGCCCAUGCUGGUGCAUGGAGUGAUGUUGCACUUCGCCAAGCAGCCCAGCGAGAACAGGAGCGUGUGGCUCGCUCCCGUGUCACCUUACACGAUGCGCUCUCAGCUCUCGAACGCGAGCAUGCUGGCGGAGCCGGUAGUGGUGCCGGUCGCCGUGUGCUAUAUAUGGCACAGGCGUAUGGGAGUGGUCGUUGCUCUUUAUAG